AUGGCGUCCGACGCCGACGCCGCCGCCGAGGCGGCGGUCCACGACGACGGCGGCGGCGACGACGACGUGGACGAGGAGGAGGAGGCGCGCGUGCGCGCCGUCGUCCCGUCUCUGUCCUCCCCCGACGCCGCGACGCGCGCGACCGCGGCGGAGUCCCUGCUCGACGGCGCGUCGUCGCCGAUGUCGUGGGCGCGAGCGCUCGCGCGAUGCGACGCGAUCGUGCCACUCCUCGCGCUCGUGCAAGCUGUCAAGCGCGACGUCCACGACGGCAUGCGACCGAUCGAGUGCGCCGAAAACUCCGACGCGGUGAUCGCCGCGGGCGACGCCGCGUUGCUCGUCCUCGCGGAGGUUGCGAACGUCGCCGCGCAGAUGCUCGCGGAGGAGGGGUGGGACGUCGCGCGUUGCGACGACGAGGAGCGCGCGGUUUUCGUGGACGAGCGGUCGGGGAUGUCGCAGGUCGCACCGCCGGCGUUGGCGUCCACCGCGAACGACGCGAUCGCGGCGGUGAUCGUCGAGACGCUCACGCUCGUGACGCCGCUGCGGUGUCCUGACGCGUCGACGACGGAGCCGCGAUGGCCGGUGCGCGUGCUGAGUCACUCGCCGGCGACGGCGACGGCGGACGGAGAGUCAGCGCGCGCGAGUCUCAGCGUCCUGGACUGCGCGCUCGAGGAGGGCGACGCGGGAGACGUCACGAGGGUCAUGGUGCGAGGACCGUGGACAGGGAGCGACGGCGACGUCGACGGCGAGGUCGAUCCCUCGGAGCCGCCGGGGACGGCGCUCGACGGGUGGUCGGACGCCGCCGCCGCCGCCGCGCUCGCGCUGCGAUUGGCCGCGAGCGCGUCCGCGUCAGCACCCGCGUCGGCACCCGGUGCCGAGCCGUCGCCGUCGCCGCCGCCGCCGCGGCGGGUCUUGGUGUGCGGAUUGCGCUGCGGGUCCAUCGCCGCGUACCUCGCGUCGCGCGGCGCGGAGAUCCGCGUGGACGUCCUCGAGCCGGAUGCGCGCGUCGCGGACGCCGCGAGGGAGCACUUCAACCUCGACUUCGACGACGAGCGGUGGGACGAUCUCACGGAGUCAGGGCGCGCGGCGCGGCUGGCGACGCCGCCGAAGGCGGGUCGGGCGCGGGUGUGGAGCGGGGUCUCGAUGGAGGCGUUCGCGGCCGCGGCGAAGGCGAGCGUCGGGGGUGGAUUUUUCGCCGUGUUAUCCACGCCGGGGACGCAGAGAUUCGACGCUCUGCUCGCGGCCAAGGCGAGCGCGAGCGUCGCGACGUUCGUAAAGCUGGUGCGGAGCUUGUUGAACGAAGACGACGGCGUCGCCGUUCUCGCGGAGAACGACGGCGAAACCUUGGGCGCGAUGGCCGUCGCGUCCGCGGGGUGUUUCGGCGCCGACGCGGUCGUCGCCGCGCGAGAGGACGACGACGAGUCGAAUUCAAACGCGAACGCCGAGCCGCCGUCCGCGAAGCGCGCGAAGACCGACGCCGACGGCGCGUUCGCCGCGGCGUUCGCCGCGCCGCGCGGGGGCGUGGUCGUCGCGGUGACGACGACGAACCCCGCGGGCCUCGGCGACGUCGCAACGUUCUUCUCCCGAGCCGCGUGGGCGCGCGUCGUCGCGCGGCUCGCCCCGGCGCCGUUCGCCGUCGACGUCGCCGAGCGACUGGGAUCGAGCGCGUCCAAGGUGGCGAGGGUGUCGUUCCGCGCCGCGGCCGACGACGCCGACGAGGCCGCCGAGGCCGCCGAGGCCGCGGUCGCGGUCGCGUCGGUCGUCCCGGAACGCGCGCGCGCGGCCGCGGCCGCGAACGCGGGCAACGCGGGGUGGGAUCUCUUCGGCGGCGGCGACGGCGAGUCGCCGCCGUCGCCGCCGCCGCCGGACGUCGGCUCCGCCGCGUACUGGACCGGCGUGAUGGGACUGCCGGUCGGGGGCGGCGCCGCGCGCGCGCCGGCGCCGGCGGCGCGCGCGUCGACCGCGGCCGCCGCCGCGACAGCGAAGGACGCGGCGGCGGUGCGCGAGGACGGCUACGCGUGGGGCGACCGCGCGUGCGACGCCGACGACGCGCGCAAAUUGUCGGACGCGGUGUCGAAGCUCGUCGCCGCCGGGUGGCCGCCCGCGUGCGUGUUCCUGAGCGAUCUCGCGUGGGAGGUCACCGGGAAGCUGUGGGACCGCGCGGCCGCGAUCUUGGGCGGGGACGACGAGGACGAGAUCGUCUUGGAGCCUUCGCUCGCCGCGUUUAAGCUCGACGCCGCGGCGGGGAAAGCGGGACGGCGGUACGUCGGGAAUAAUUUCGGACAGCCGCAUCGGGACUACACGUUCGAAGACGUCUACGGCGACGGCGCCGCCGGCGGUCCCGCCGCGCCCAUCGCGCCGCCGCUGCCGAACGUUCUGAGCGUAUGGAUGCCCAUCGUGGACGUGACGCUGGACAACGGGUGCGUGUACGUCGUCCCGAAGCGCGCGGACCCGGGCGGCGGCGCCGGCGAGUCCGACGCCGCCGCGCCAAAAUUCGAUCGCGCCGCCGUCGUGCCGCUCGCGCCCGCGCCCGCGGGGACGUUCUUCGCGUGGGCGGGGAACACCGUGCACUGGGGGUCGGGGUGCGCGGAGAAGGCGGCGGCGGCGCCGCGCGAGAGCCUCGCGUUCGUGUUUCGAAGGAAGAGCGCGCGAUGCGACCGCCGCGCGGAGCCGCUGACGCGCGCGGCGUGCGCGUGCGCGCGUCUCGACGACGGCCGACGCGGGCCGCCGCUCCCGGCGCGGCUGAAGAUCGUCCAGCACGCGAUGACGUGCUUCGAGCACUGGUACGGCGACACCGCGGCGACGCGCGCGAAGUUGACGCCCAGUCAGACGACGAACUAG